AUGAGAAGGCCAUUGAAACAACUACACAAGAAUGAAGAAAACUUUUUCGAAGAAUUACCAGAUGAUGUCGUCGUCUUCAUUCUCACGAAGCUCAGUUCAACCGCCUCUUCAUCUUCCCAUUUUCUCAACAUUCUGUCAACAUGCAAGAGAUUCAAACAGUUAGGUCUUCAUCCUUUGGUUUUAUCGAAAGCUGGGUCUAAAGUUCUUUUUGUUCAUCCCAAUAAAUGGUGCGAUAGCUCUCACCGUUUUCUUAAACGCUGUGUUGACGCCGGUAGCGUGGAGGCUUUUUAUACUCUUGGAAUGAUCCGUUUUUAUUGUCUUCAAAAUCGAAAGAGUGGACUAUCCCUAAUUGCGAAAGCGGCAAUGAUGAUGCACGCGCCGGCGCUUUACUCACUCGCUGUGAUUCAGUUCAACGGAAGCGGUGGCUCUAAGCACGACAAAGAUCUACGCGCUGGAGCGGCACUUUCUGCACGCGCGUCGAUGCUUGGCCACAUAGACGCGCUUCGGGAGUUUGGCCAUUGUCUUCAAGAUGGUUACGGAGUUAAACAGAACGUUACCGAAGGACGACGGUUGUUGGUGCAGGCUAACAUCAGAGAACUCUUACUGGUGCUACGCGCUAUUUCGGCGGAGUCGCCUUCACGGGCUGGUUUCUGUCAGGAAGCGUUGCGGAGUCUGAAAAACAUGGCCGUGCCGUUGAUAAGUAAUAACGAUGAAAACAGUUACAACGUGACGGUGCCGGAGGUGCAUCCGGUGAACUGGUUUUUGAGGCAGUGGUUUGAGUCUGGGAGAGGCACUUUAGAGGAAGGAUUGAGACUGUGUGCACAUAUUGGAUGCGGUCGUGUGGAGAUGCGGCCGCAUGAGUUUCGGCGGUGUUCAGUUUGUGGUACGGUGAAUUACUGCUCCCGUGGUUGUCAGUCACUCGACUGGAAACUGCGACAUAAAAUGGAGUGUUCGCCGUUGGAAGGUGGGUGGUUUGAAGAGAAUAAUGGUGGCGGCGGUGUUGAUCCUUUAGUCGGUGGCGGCGGAGGAGAUGAGAACAAUGAGAAUGACGUGGCGGUCUAG